CGGUAAUGGCGGCGGCCGCGCCUGCGCAUUGCGGUCUCCGUGCGGACCGCGCAGAGUGAAUAAUAAAGCUCUCCUCCUCGGUGGUAGCGGGCGGCGGAGGAGGGAGCCGAAGGCGAGAGCAUGUCGAAGGGCCCGGCAGCGACCGGGCCUCCUGUGACCGGGCCGGUGGCGCCCGCCAGCGCGCUCCAAGCGCAGCCCGAGAAGCCGCAGCACUACACGUACCUGAAGGAAUUUCGCACGGAACAGUGCCCCCUGUUUGUGCAACACAAGUGUACUCAGCACAGGCCCUACACAUGCUUCCAUUGGCACUUUGUCAACCAGCGUCGCCGCCGAUCUAUCCGCCGUCGGGAUGGCACCUUUAACUACAGUCCUGACAUUUACUGCACCAAAUAUGACGAGACCACAGGGAUCUGUCCAGAAGGAGAUGAGUGUCCAUUCCUGCAUAGAACUACUGGUGACACUGAGCGGAGAUACCACCUACGCUACUACAAAACUGGAAUCUGCAUCCACGAGACUGACUCAAAAGGAAACUGUACCAAGAAUGGCCUCCACUGUGCUUUUGCUCACGGGCCUCAUGACCUUCGCUCUCCAGUUUAUGAUAUCAGGGAGCUCCAGGCCAUGGAAGCUUUGCAGAAUGGUCAGACCACGUCAGAGGGUGGCAUAGAGGGUCAGUCUGCAGUUGCCGCUAGCCAUGCUAUGAUAGAGAAAAUACUUAGUGAAGAGCCAAGAUGGCAAGACACGACAUAUGUUUUGGGAAACUACAAAACAGAACAGUGUAAAAAGCCCCCACGUCUCUGUCGCCAAGGUUACGCCUGCCCUUACUACCAUAAUAGCAAAGAUAGAAGAAGAAGCCCUAGAAAACACAAAUACAGGUCCUCUCCAUGUCCUAGUGUGAAACAUGGCGAUGAGUGGGGAGAUCCUAGUAAAUGUGACAAUGGGGAUACGUGCCAGUACUGUCACACCCGCACAGAACAACAAUUUCAUCCAGAGAUCUACAAAUCCACAAAAUGUAAUGACAUGCAACAGUCUGGCAGCUGUCCCAGAGGUCCCUUCUGUGCCUUCGCACAUGUAGAACAACCACCACUUAGUGAAGAGUUACAGUCAACAUCAGCUGUUUCCAGCCCAACGCAAGCAGGCCCUGUAAUGUAUAUGCCCUCAGCAGCGGGUGAUUCUGUUCCAGUCAGCCCUUCCAGCCCACAAGCCCCAGACCUUAGCAAUGUAUGGAAUAAACCGGGAACUCUGCCAACUAGCCCCACCUCCACUACAAUCCUCUGUAGAAAUAGCAGUCUUGGAAGCCCAUCUAAUAUAUGUGGGUCCCCUCCUGGUGCCAUUGGAAAACCCCAUAGCUUGGAAAGCAUUGGCUUUCCCACAGAUUCAGUAACUGCAGCCAGCAGCUACAAGAAAGCACCCGGGUUUGAACGGGAAGACCUGGUUGGAGCAGAGUACCUAAAGAGUUUCAAAUGCCAGCAGGCAAAAAUAAAGUCUCAUUCCAUGGAGCACAGAUCGCAAGACCAGCCUCUAUUACAGCCCAAACAAGAUAUAUUGGGGAUUCUUCCUGUUGGAAGCCCAUUGACAUCUAGCAUCUCCUCUAGUAUCACUUCUAGUUUGGCAGCAACACCCCCAAGUCCAGCUGGCACCAGCAGUGUCCCCGGCAUGAAUGCCAAUGCCCUUCCGUUCUACCCAACCAGUGACACAGUGGAGUCUGUGAUAGAGUCUGCCUUGGAUGACCUGGACCUGAACGAAUUCGGAGUGGCUGCCCUGGAGAAGACUUUUGACAGCAGCUCGGUGCCCCACACGAGUGGCAUCAUGAUAGGUGGGAGUUUGCUGCAAAGUUCUGCUCCUGUAAAUAUCCCUGGGUCCCUUGGAAGUUCUGCCUCCUUUCACUCUGCCUCUCCUUCUCCACCGGUCAGCUUAUCAUCGCAUUUCCUUCAUCAGCCCCAGGGACACUUAAGCCAAUCAGAAAACACAUUCCUGGGGACAUCAGCUUCUCAUGGAUCAUUAGGUUUAAAUGGAAUGAACAGCAGUAUAUGGGAGCACUUUGCUUCUGGAAGUUUUUCACCUAGUACCUCGCCUGCAUUCCUGUCGGGCCCAGGGGCUGCUGAGCUGGCCAGACUGCGUCAAGAAUUAGAUGAAGCUAACAGUACAAUAAAACAGUGGGAAGAAUCUUGGAAACAGGCUAAACAGGCCUGCGAUGCUUGGAAGAAAGAAGCAGAGGAGGCCAACGAUCGCGCCAACACAGCAACCAUGGAAUGUGAACUAGCCCGAGAGCAGAGGGAGACCUUGGAACUGCAAGUGAAAAAACUCCAGGAGGAAAUGGAGAGAAUCCACACUGGUCAGGACCCCCAGUUCCUGCGUGCUCUUUCUGACCUAGAGACCCUCUCCCUUUCCACGCUCUAUACUCUCCAAAAGCAGCUGCGUGCCAACCUGGAAAGAGUCGAUAAGGCAGUGUUUCAGAUGCAGUCGGUGAAAUGCCUCAAGUGCCAGGAAGAGAACCGGGUGGUACUACCGUGCCAACACACUGUGCUGUGUGAAACAUGUGCCGAGGAGGGCGAGUGCCCCAUCUGCCAUCCCAACAGGCCACACGCUCUGCAGUCGUGACCCUACUAGGACACUUGGUUUAGCAUAUCACAUAGAACUUUUUAACUUUAUAUAUAUAUAUAUAUAUUAUAUGAAUAUAUAUAUAUAAACAUAUACAUAUAUAUAUAUAUAUACAUAAAAAACAAAAAUUAGUUGCAGAGCACUUUUUAAUACUUUGCAUCUCCCAUUUAAAGGUGUCCCUGCCACCCACCCAACCCGCACUAAUUCUAGCUCCUUAGGGACUUUUAGAGUUGUUUUUAAUACAGAUCAAAGGGCCAUUUGCCAAGAGUCUCUUCCCCUCCCCCCCUUCUCUUUCUAUUUCAGAUGUACCCAUUUUUGGAAGCUUUUCUGGGUAGAGAUGUAGAGGAGGGUGAAAGGGGGCUUCCAGGUGCUUUCCAGAAUGAGGACUGGACUUGCGGGGGAGAAAAGGAUACACAUCCAAUUUCUGACAAGGUUGUCAUCUCCCUCCUCUCAGGUCUUGCUUCACCACCUUCUAGUAUUUAUAAAGAACCUGUUGUAUUUCCACCUCACCUUGUUAGUUGUUCUCAAUAAGAGAAGCCCCUCUGAAAUCCUUGCCUGUCCAGAGCUUCACUCAUAUGGAACUGUUAUUGGCCUUCAGGAAGUACAAGGAACUUUGCUCAUCUGUUUUAAAAGGCAAAGUUCGCAUUUUAAAAGACUUUUUACAUAUUUCUAGGUUUCUACUGCAACAAUGGGAGGGGUUUAGGGAGGAAGAUGAAACUAAAAGCAAGUCAGCAUCGUCAGCCAAUAGUCAGAAUAUAAUUUCCUCGAAAAAUAUCACUCAUUUGCGAAGCUUUAGGUUUUAAAGGCUUCGCUAGCAUCACCGGGUGGGAUUUUGUAAGAAGGAAGGUCAGAACUAGAAUUCCAGCUCUCUCUUAGCAAUAGAGAGAUGCUUCAAAAUCAUGGUUCAUGCACAUAGACUCAAUUCCAGGUGGUAGGAAGGAACAGAGACGAGAGGUGAUAAUGGUCGCUUCAGGAUAGCUUGCUGUUUCUUGUCACGUUGCUUGGUAAAGGUGAAGGAUUUGAUAAGGUUCUGCUUAAAUGGUGGAAGGCGGAACCUUCGCAGCGUUUUUUGUUUCCUUGAUACAGGUCUGCAUAGCUUAUGACUCACCAAAUUGUAUGCACCCUACCAGUCACAUGUGGUGUUCCACUAG